CUACGCAUUUCAGCUGGAAACAUGUGUGUCCUAAGUGCACUCCUGCUCCUGUGGGGCUUAGCGCUCCUCGUUGGUGGAGAAAGCAGUGCUCAGCUUCAGGACGACAUGGCGCCCACCCAGGUGGAAUUCCAUUCACUCAACUUCAGAAAUGUCCUGCACUGGAAACACCAUGCUGAGGCACCUGAGACACCAGAGGCACCAGAGGCACCAGAGGCGUCUGAGGCACCAGAUGACCUGCAGUAUUUCGUGGAGUUUAAAGUGUAUGGAGAUAAGCAGUGGAGUGUGUGUGAACACUGCCAGGCUAUCCAUAAACUGCAGUGUGACCUGAGCCACGAGACGUCCGACCCCCGUCAGUGGUACUAUGCAAGGGUGCAGUCUCGAUCUUCCAAGGGUUUCUCACCGUGGGUCACCAGCGCCAGGUUUUACCCUCAGUGGGACACCACUUUCAGUCCACCAAAAAUCAAGCUGAACGUGACCCAGCAGGGCAUUGUGGUCUGGAUCAAACCUCCACGGACACCCCAACAGGGACAGAAGAACAGCAGGAUCUCAGUUACAAAGCUAAUGAAGCUGAUGUUUAGGAUUUACCUCAUGCACAAUGGGAAGGAGCAGGUCCAUGAAACCGAAGGCUGCCAAAAGAAGCUCCUGAUCGAGCACUUAAGCCCUCAAACGACGUACUGUGUUCAGGCGGUGACCGUCAUGCCGCUCUCAGAUCUUACAAGCCCGAGGAGUCCAAGGUCCUGCAUUAGCACCCUGUAAGACGUCACACAGGUCCAAACACCGCUACACUGGAUCUCUACAGCAGCGGAGAUGUUUACGGCCACCGAUGUCUAUCACACAGUCCACUGGGAGCAAUAGCAGGUUAGGGAAGGGAUGAAUCUGCACUCCAUAUACUGUACUGUAAAACCAUCUUGAUAGCCAGGAAGUGCACUUUUGGCAUAAGUUUCUACUGGGAGUUGUUCAGUUUAAGCCUUAACCAAAGAUGCCAUUUUUGUUUGAUAUUUAAUACAGGACACUUUUCUCGAAAGCAUUAAUAUAUGUGAAAUGAUACACGAGAAUUAAAAUUUAUUGCAAACCAUUUGAUCUAUUUUGAUCUGUCGUCUACGCUUAUUCACGGUUGUGGCUAGAUUUGCUGUCUCACAGCUCCAGGGUUCCCGCUUUUAUUUUGAGCUCAGGUUACAUGUUUCCCAUUGUUCUCAUCAUGGGUUUCCUCUGGAUGCUCCAGUUUCCCCAGAAACCAUGCUGACUAAAUCAUCACUAGUUGGGAAUGCGUGUGAACUGUACUGAACUAGAUUUUUUUAAAUAUAGGUCAUCGUAUGUUUUUUU